ACUGUCUUUCAGCACCAUUGCAGUGUGGAGAGAUCAUUUGAAGCUCGGAGACACACAGGGAUCAUUGGAAGGAAAAGUACCCGACCUGAGUGACCGCCCUGGGCAAACACAUCUUCUGCCUCCCUGUGAUUCAGUCAAUGUGUUACGGCUCGUUUGCCAUUCUGCAGUCCAACCAACCAGGAGACUUCCUCAGCGUCAGGUUGUGCCAGGACGGGUAGCUGGGGACCGCACACGCACACAGCAGAUGCUCCCGGUGUUGGAGCUUGGCUGCCAGCAGUCAGCCUCAGUUAAGCGAGCCUCGGCCUGGUCACGACUGAUGAAAAGCGAGGAUGUCCACCAGGUGCUGACAAGAAGAGGCAUGCUAACGGUGACCCUGAGAGAGUGACAGAUGUGUGCCACUGUGGAGAACCAGUUACAUCUCCCUGCGGAGAUUUGAUUUCCUGGGCGCUCAGGCAUCCAGGAGGGGGGUCUCUGAAAAAGAUGCUGGGUUCAGAGCGAGGUGUCGUUGAAGAAUGGCUCUCCGAAUUCAAGUCCUUACCAGAAACCCACAUCCCCAGCUACGCUGGCAGCCUUCAUCUAAAGAAGUCUCUGGUACCGGCGCUGUACAGAGUCAUCCAGGACCCCAACAACGAGCUGCUGGAACCUGUGUGCCACCAGCUGUUUGAGCUGUACCGGAGCUCUGAAGACCGCCUGCGACGUUUCACCCUGCAGUUCCUGCCUGAACUCGUGUGGGUUUAUCUGCGCAUCACUGCCAGCAGGGAUCGCCAGAGCAAUGGCUGCAUCGAGGCCCUCCUCUUGGGUAUCUAUAACCUGGAAAUUGUUGACAAAGACGGAAACAGCAAACUUCUUUCCUUCACAAUCCCAUCUCUGUCGAAACCAUCUAUAUAUCAUGAGCCUUCUAGCCUGGGGUCCAUGGCUCUGACUGAGGGAGCGCUGUGUCAGCAUGACCUGAUCAGAGUGGUUUACAGCGGCCUCCACCCUCAGAGAGAAACCUUCACUGCACAGAACAGGUUUGAGGUCUUGUGUUUCCUUAUGCUCUGCUACAACUCUGCUGUGGUCUACAUGCCCCUUUCCUCCUACCAGGCCGUCUGCAGGAUGAGCUCACGGGUGUGUGUAUGCGGCUUCCCUCGACAACAACAAAAGCUCUGGAGAGAACCUUGCAACCGCGUCCUGCUGGACCCCGAGUUCAUGGUGCAGAUGCUCACUGCCGUUUACCACGCUAUAUACAAUGGAGAGUGGGAGAUGGGGCGAGAAGCUCUGGAGGACAUUGUCUACAGGGCCCAGCUGGAGCUUUAUUCCCAGCCUCUCCUGCUGGGGAACGCCAUGAAAAACUCUCUGCCAGAAAGCGCUCCUGAAGCGCCGCGGGGACGCAAGGUGCUUCAGGUGGAGGUGACCCCCACCAUCAGCCGUAUAUCCAUCUCGGCAAUCACCACAGCUUCCAUACGGCGCCACCGCUGGAAGAGAGAGGAUUGUUUUGACUACUCAAGCGAUGCAGAGUUGAGCCUCACCAUCAGUCCUCCUAGCCUCRUCCAGCUCCACCACCUCCACGACCCUCCCAGGGAACCCGCAGCUAAAGAGGAUAGAGGAGGGCGGCAUCACAGCCACCACAGCAGCAGCAGCAGCAGCAUCAUUCCCCCCAUCACACUCGAGGAUGCUGACGGCAUGAGCGGCGGGGAGGAUUCCUUCAACAUCAACGAUCCGGAUGAAGGUUUCUCCUCUGGGGCUUCCAACAGCAGCCAGCCCAGCGGCACCAAGAGCGGCGGCGUGGGGCCGAGGGGCGGCAGCCUGAACAGCAGCAGUAGCAGCAUCAAGAAAGCCAUCACAGCGCGCCUGUCCAGGGACAAGGAGAAGAAGGAGGAGCGAGAGAGGGAGAGGGAGGCAGAGAAACAGGCGGAACAGUGUGUGAAUCAGCAGGCCACGGCGCCGAGGCCCCGCCAGAGGCAGCAGUCCCCCCCAGGCAGCAUCAAGCUGGACGCCAUCCACCUGAGCCCCAUUAAGAAGCACCUGAGCUUCCCUGCAGGGCACCCGCUGGUGCGGACUGGCAGCACCUCCUCCAGCAAGUCCUUCGACUGCAUGAMCCUGAACUUGAACGGAGGCGGGAACGAGCGAGAGGAGGCGGCGGGCGGCUCCGACAAGGAAACGGGGCCCUUACUGGGGGGCUCCCACCGCCACUCCACUGUCAGCCUGCAGGAGGAGCACCUGAACCGGCCGGAGGAGGCCCAGGCCCUCCUGUCCCCCGGAGCCCCUCUCACUAAGCAGUCGCGCUCUCCCAGCUUCAACAUGCAGAUCAUAUCACAGGUCUAAUGUCAGCGCAGGGAACCACAGAAACACACACACACACGCAAAUAUUUAUUCAGUUUCCAACACGACCACUCUACUAUGGCAACCUGGUCAGUUUCUGUGUUUAUGAGGUGGAAUAAAAAGAUCUCCAGAUCUCUGGAGCUUUGUCUCUACUCCUGCAGCGUCUAUUAAGGUUUGACCUGCAGUCACAGCUGGUUAGAUUCUAACACCAAACAUGUUGACGACUUCCCCAUCGCUGUAGCUACAGUCCCUCC